AAAUUAAAUUACUAUAACAGUAUUAACAACCACUACAAGAUCUGUAUUAAAAAAGAUUUUAAAGUUUAUUAAUCAGACAUAAAAUGGGAAAAUUCUGCUUGCUCUUUAAAAAGAAUUUGAAAACCACCAUACGCUUGUGGUACAAGUUUUUGAUAGAAAUAUUAAUAAUAAUUGCUGUAUUUUUGAUUAUAUAUAUAAAUCCAAUAGAACGUUACGAAAAUGCACAGUGGAAUGUUGAGAAUACAAAGGUAGACUUUUUAGAAGAACAAGAUUUAAAUUCAUUCAAAACUUUAGAAACUUUUGGAGACAUAAUAAAAAAUAUGAAUCUGGUAUUUACACCAAAAAGUGAAUAUGCGAAACUUUUCGCAAGAAAUAUCGUAGAGAAAUUUAAAAUGAAGACAGCAGUUGGUUAUAAAAACGAGUAUCUAAUGACAAGUCAAUUUAAUCCAGAGAAGACUCUUGCUGGUAUUGUUUUUCCAGAAGGGGAAAACCCACCCGAUAAUUUUACUGUUGUAAUUCGUUUUCCAAGUACUUUCCGAACACUUGACUUAGAUGAUGCAAGCGAAAUGUUAUGGACAACUCGCUGCGGUGCUGGUGAUGAGUUAGCAGACGCAGACGAGGAUUUAUACAUUCGUGAAGGAUUUCUGCAGCUGCAAACUGCUAUUUUUCAAGAAUUCAUACAAUAUAAGGUAACUCCUCCGCCUGAAACGGAUAAAUCACGUCCGAUAUUAAAGCCAUACUUGCUUGAUACACCACCAAUUUGUCUAUAUUUAAGCGAAUCCAAUUACGAAUUAUUCCUUUUUUAUUUUGUUUUUCUUUAUACAUUUCUACGACUAAUAUCGCGAUAUGGUCGUGAAAUGGAAGAAAAUUUGCAAGUUCAUCACUGGAAGUAUCGUAUUAGGUAUUACACGCAUUGGUGUGCUCAUUUUUGGGAAUCAAUGCUUCGCCUUUUCUUUUUGGAUCUUUUAAUUUUUUUUGCUUUAAAAGUAAAGUUGUUUGAAGAUGAAAGUGCUGGUACACUUUUUGCAGCCGACCCUGGUUUUCUGUUAUUAUUUCUAUUAUUAUACAACAUAUCGAUGAUUGUGUUUGCAAUAUUCAUUGUUUGUAUAAUAAGAGAUAGAAUCAAUGCUAUGCUUGUCGGCUUCAUAUGUUGGAUUGCAUCUUAUAGUUUCUUCAGUAUAAUACUAGAGCGAACGAAUACAAUGAAUUCAUAUCCUAUACUAGGCUGCUGUGUUGUAUUUUUCAAUAAUUUCUUAGGAUUUGGUCUAAGUUAUAUGCGCCGAAUGGAUGCAGGUGUAACCAAUUCUGGAGAAUUUCCUAUUAUCUUCAUUGCAAUUGGAAUAAAUAUAGUUUUAUAUUUAUUUCUAAUAUGGAUGGUACAAAUGCUGAAUCCUGGGCUUUACAUUUUUCGAUCUUUUGAUUGUUGCGGUUUGAAGAGAUUGUGCAGGAAAAUUCGUCGACAAAAAAAAAAACCGAAAACAAAAAUCGUAACAUUAGCUGGGCCAACUCCAAGUUGGAACAAUUUCGAGUAUGGCCCAUUGGGUGGUCAGGAUUAUGUUAAAAUAAAAAACGUUUGCACUUAUUACAAAAAUAAUUCUGGAGUACAGUUACUUAAAAAUGUUUCAAUGAGAAUUUUCAAAGGUGAAAUAACUGUUUUGUUAGGCAGUCAUGGAGCCGGAAAAACAACUUUGAUUAAAGUAUUAGCAGGUUUAUUAAAACCAAAUACAGGAACUGUAAGAUUUAUGGAUGAAGAUCUUUAUGAAAAUUGGAAGAAAACAUGUUCACAAUAUGAUUUUGCCAUGGGAACGAAUCCAAUUUUUAAUUAUUUGACAGUUGAAGAAACUAUUAUGUAUUUUAUUAGAAUCAAAAUGCAAACCACUGAUGAGCGUCGUUUUGAAAUGGAAACUCAGAGGAGUCUUAAUUUACUAAUACAGACACGCAUCGAUAAAAAACAACUAAUAAACUCAUUGGAUUUUGAUGGCAAACGUUUAAUACAUUUAGUUUGUCUUUUAUCAUAUGAAACUAAAAUUAUCAUCUUGGAUGAACCCACCUGUUAUAUGAACCUAUUGCCACAAAAAUAUUACUGGAAUAUAUUGACUAAAGAAAAACAAAAUCGUGCUAUAAUUUUAGCAACUUUUUCUCCCGAUGAAGCUGAAAUAAUUGGAGAUCGUAUUGGUAUAAUUAAGGAGGGAGUCUUGAAAGCUUAUGGAACGCAGUUCUUUUUAAAAACUAAAUUUGCGCAUCAUUUAAACAUGACUUGCAAAGUUACAUCAGACGUGUCAAUAGAUGCAAUUACCAAAUAUAUUAAAGAGUAUAUACCCGGUGUAAGUCCAGAACAUCAAAUUGGUGAUGAGAUUAUUUAUAAAUUACCAUCCGACAAACGAUAUAUAUAUGAAAAUAUGCUUGUGCACGUUAUUAGGGACAGGGCACAGUUACAUAUAUUGGAUGUAAGAGUAUUUAGUUGUUCAAUAGCUGAGAUAUAUAUGAAAAUAGGCGAACAGAAAAGUAAUCAAAUAUUGAAUAAGAAUGAGCCAAACUACAAUGUAAUUUAUGAGUCCGCUUCCAAAAUUACAAGACAACAAUUACAUGCCAUGUUUUAUAAGAAGCUAGUAUAUCAGGCACCUACUAUUAUUCCUCUGUUGAUGGUAUUAUUUUCUGUUAUAUUAAUAUUGGCUAUCAAUCCACUGACUUCCAUAUUCACAUCAUAUGAAGAUAGGGAGUACUUUAUGGAAUUGGGUGUAGGAUCCAAUGAUACGAAUAAUGCUGCCAUUUUACAGAACUUAUUGGAUUGUAAAACUAUCUUAAUCAAAUCUCUCGAUCAUGCACAGAAGGCAAAGAACGGCGUUAAGCAUCGAGUAUUCAAACUAGAUUCAUUUGAAUGCUCAAAUAGAAGUUUUAUUGAUUAUAUGAAAUUCAAUGAAAGUAAAAAACACUCUCAUUAUGGUGGAUUAGAAGAGCAGAAAAAUAAUACAGUAUGGUUUAAUAUACGUUCAUUUCAUUCCGCGGCAUACUCAAUGAAUUUGGCUGAAAAUAUUUAUCUGGUUAGGGAAAACAAGGGACGAAGUUUUAGGGUUAUAAACAAGCCAUUCCCGACACCAUUAAAAUUAAGAGUAGGUAUACUGGAGGAAGAAAUGGCGCAUAUGAGACUACCACUUACUGUAGGUUUGGUUAUGCCUUUAGUCAUCGCUGCCUUCAUAUUGCCGCUAGUUGAUGAACGUUGUAAAAAUUUACUAAUUCUACAAGUGAUGGCUGGUCUGCCAAUGAAAAUUUACUGGGGAGUAACAUUUUUAUGGGACAUGGGCACGUUUCUUGCAUAUAAUAUUAUUUUUAUAAUUGUACUGGCAUUUACAACAUUUGAAGGUUUUACUUUUUUACACAAAAUAAUUACAUUUUGCUUAUUAAAUAUAUAUGGUUUUCCGGCACUAUUUACAAUAUAUUUGCUCUCCUUGAUAUACCAUAAAACGCCAACACGUGCCUUUCUAGUGGCAAUAAGUCUACAACUUCUAACAGGAAUUUGUGCUUAUGUAUUUUAUUGGGAAGUUCUUCGCACCAAUAAAAUAUUUUUUUAUAUUGCGUCAAUAUUUCCGACAUUUUCAUUAUUAGAUGGGAUAAGUAAUAUUUAUAUUAGCGGCAAGGAAGUGGAUUAUUGUCAACGAAGAUGUGAAGCAUCAAACGGCUGCACAGAAGAAAAUAAGUGUGACGUGAUACCUCAAUGCUGUUCUGUGGGCUUUAUGACAAUGGGCAGUGAAGGAAUUUUAGUCUGUAUUAUAUAUAUGGUCGCAACUGGAAUUAUAACUAUAAUUCUUAUGUUAUGCGUUACCAUAAGUGAGAAGGAGAGAAAGUAUACCACUCCAAAAAACUUGAAAAGUUUUAAGUCUGCUUGCAAUCCCUACGACGAUCUAGAAGUUAUUAAACUAAGAAAGAAAAUAGCCGAUUUUGAUUUAAGGGAUGUUAUGAGUUAUCGUGUUGUAGUAGAUCAGUUAGAGGAAAAGUUGACUACCAAAUCGAAAAUUCUUAAUACUGUGUCUUUUUCGGCUUACAGAGGUCAAAGCGUAUGUGUGUUUGGACAUAGGCAUGGCGGUAAAACAAAUUUUGUUAAGCAGCUUAUAGGUGAAUCAGGUUAUAAAUUUGGAGAAGUCUACAUAGAGGGUUAUGAGUUGAAAACUGAUUUACAUAUAGCUCAUUCCUAUAUGAGUUACGUUCCUAAAGAUUAUGGACUUUUUCAUUUGUUUUCACCACGAGAAAUUUUACGUUUCUUUUUAAUGAUUCGUGGUGUGGUCAAGGAAAAUAUUCCAAAAAUCAUACGACAAUAUAGUACAAUAUUGGAUAUGAGCAAAUUUAUGGAUAGAAAAAUAAUGUACUUGUCAAGUGAAAAAAAACGUAAGGUAAAUAUUGCUUUGGCAUUGGCACAAAAUUCUACUGUUAUAAUUAUGGACGAGCCUACCACUGGAUUAUCUACUAAUGUGUGUCGUGAGGUUUGGCUAGCUAUACGCCAUGCUCAAGCGAUGGGCAGAUGUAUAAUUUUCACAUCGGGAAAGUGUUUAGAAGCUAAAAAUAUUGGAGAUGAUUUGAUUUUAUAUCAAGACUACGAAAUGUUAGCAUAUGGAGGUAUUUGCUAUCUUCGAGGAUUAUACACAGUUGGAUUUUUUUUAGAAAUAAAACUUUUGCGUGAUGGAGAAACUGCUGAAGCAGCAGAGGCCAAUCUUACCAAGGACAUCGAGAACUUGCAUCGCUUUGUUAUGUUUCUGCAUGAAAACUCAGAAUUACGUGUCCGUAUAGAUACUUGGUUGAAGUACUACUGCCCUGUUGAGCAUAUAAGAUUCACUGUACUGUUUGGUGCACUAGAACAUAACAAAAUCCGUCUCAAUAUAGUGGAUUACACAAUUAAUGAGGGAUCUGUUUGGGAUAUGCUCUACAAUAUUGUUAAUGCCCGUGCUAGACUUAAAAACAACACUUAAUAUUUAUUCUAUUUUUAAUAAGAGCCACAUUUAUAAACUUUAAUUUUUUUAAACUUUUUAU